CGCCGUCCUCGGCUGCUGAGCCUGAUGGGACAAGUAGUUUUGCGAACGGCUUAACCUACAGAUUGAAGAGGUCGGAAGCUCUGAGGCCCGGGGCUUCCGGAGGUCGCGGAGAUGGAAUUGGAGCAGAGAGAAGGGACCAUGGCAGCCGUGGGCUUUGAGGAGUUCUCAGCGCCGCCAGGCUCAGAGUUGGCGUUGCCUCCCCUAUUUGGUGGCCACAUCCUGGAAAGCGAGCUGGAGACGGAAGUGGAGUUUGUGUCAGGUGGUCUGGGCGGCUCAGGGCUCCGGGAGCGAGAUGAAGAGGAAGAGGCAGCCCGGGGUCGGCGGCGGCGCCAGCGGGAAUUAAAUCGCAGAAAGUACCAGGCACUAGGUCGGCGCUGCCGGGAGAUCGAGCAGGUGAACGAGCGGGUCCUGAACAGGCUCCAUCAGGUGCAGAGGAUAACUCGGAGGCUGCAGCAGGAACGGAGGUUCCUCAUGAGAGUGCUGGACUCCUACGGGGAUGACUACCGGGCCAGCCAGUUCACCAUUGUGCUGGAGGAUGAGGGCAGCCAGGGCACGGAUGCCCCCACCCCAGGCAAUGCUGAGAAUGAGCCUCCAGAGAAAGAGACACUGUCCCCGCCCAGAAGGACUCCUGCACCCCCAGAACCCGGCAGCCCAGCCCCCGGCGAGGGGCCCAGUGGGCGGAAGAGGCGGCGAGUGCCACGGGAUGGACGCCGAGCAGGAAAUGCGCUGACUCCAGAGCUGGCCCCGGUGCAGAUUAAGGUUGAGGAAGACUUUGGCUUUGAAGCAGAUGAGGCCCUGGAUUCCAGUUGGGUUUCUCGGGGUCCAGACAAACUGCUGCCCUACCCGACCCUGGCCAGCCCAGCCUCUGACUGACGCAUGCCCAGUAAACUGACCCAACACUCA